AAUCUCCCUGAUCUUCCACGCGUAUAUAAGGAAGCUAAUUUCGUGUUCAUCGCCGUCUGUCCCUCUCCUUCAGUCCUUCCUCUCCAAUAACACAGUGUGCCAAGUCGCCGGCGACGCAGGGGAUCGAUGUUGGACGGGCGGGAUCGGUCGACGGACUGGUGGCAGAAGGCGGUGGUCGUGCCGGUGAGGCGCGCGUGGGUGGUCGUCGCCGCGCGGCUGCGCCGCAAGAAACAUGGUGAUGGCCGAGGUGCGCUGGUGAGACUGCACGACGACAUCCAGACAUGCGCGUACCAGGACGUGCAGGUCAUGUGGGAGAUGCUGCAACGGUCGGAGACGGAGAAGAUGGCCCGAGCGCCGCCGACGCCCAAGGGCUCACGCGCACUCAUCUGGCUCGGACCGCGGCGCCGCCACCACACCAUGGACCUCAUUCGUCCGCGUUGCUGAUCGCCUGAUCCUGACCGACGACCGGAGGACCGGGCAUUGCAGCCUGUCGUCGUCACUCAUCCUGCCCCUGCAGCUAUAUCCUGCAUAGCUCCUUUCUCUGCUACCGAAUGUAAAUAUUUUACAGUUCAUUCCGAUAAAGAGAUACCUGUCUGUAUAUAUACCUCUGCUCCAGUCUUUAAUUAGCUUCAGAACCAGUUCCUCAUCAUCUCA